UUCUCACUGUCGGUCGAAUACUUUGGAUUCUUUCCAUUGUUUUCUCAUCAAAAUUUUAAAAUGAUUGAGUGGAUCAUAUUAGUUUUGGGUUUGAUAUCUUAUUAUUUAUAUUUUUGGAAAAUCCAUGCCAUCAAAACAUUUAAAGCCACAAAUAAUCUAAGAAAUAAAUCUAAUCUAACCCAGAGAACAAAGGAUUUACCUCCAGUUUACCCGAAUGGUUGGUUUGCUCUUCUUCAUAGUUGCGAGCUAGGAAAAGGUCAGGUCAAAUACAUCUCAGCACUUGGAGAACAUUUUGCAGUCUUUAGGACAGAAAGUGGAAUAGUAAAUAUUAUUAAUGCUUACUGUCCACAUCUUGGAGCGAAUCUUGGUAUUGGAGGCAAGGUAAAAGGUGACUGUCUUGAAUGUCCUUUUCACAGUUGGACAUUUAAUGGCGACGGUCAAUGCCAAAGUAUUCCUUACUCUUCUCGAGCAUUAUCAGGAAUCAAAACAAAGAACUGGAUAUGUCGAGAAGUUAAUAAAGAAAUAUUUAUAUGGUAUCAUGCAGAAUCAAUGGAUCCAUAUUGGGAAAUCGAAGCAAUUCCUGAAAUUGAUAACGGCAAAUGGAUCUAUCAAGGGCAAAAUGAAUAUUUCGUCAAUUGUCAUAUACAAGAAAUACCUGAAAAUGGAUCUGAUUGGACACAUCUGGAUGCAGUUCAUGUUCCUGCAAUGUUCUGUGAAAAUUUAUCUCCUUCAAUACUCCAUCAUUCUUGGACUGGAAGUGGUUGGUGUCCUCCUGAAUCAAUUGACGUCGAUCAAGAUCACAAAUAUUCAGAAAAUGAUAAAGUUAAAAUAAACUCUGGUAUUCAAAAUGGAAAUACGACAAAAAUGAACCUGAAAUCAAUUGAAAAUUCAUUAGGAAAUACGGAAAAAAUUGAAAUUGAAGAUCGACGAAAAAUACCAGUCAAAAAUCAAAAACAUCUAGCAACUUUUCAUCUUAUUCACAACAUCAAAUUGUUCAAUAAAUUUUCUUUUCUUCGUUUGGAAGUUAAUGGAGUUCAAAUUGGUCCUGGCUACGUGUUAAUGAACAUAAAAACAUCAUUCGGUCCAAUUUGUAUUCUUCAAACAGUAACACCAGUAGAACCACUUCUUCAACGUGUCACUCAUUUAGUCUACUCGCCAUUUUUUAACAGUCCACUCACGAAAAUAGUCUUUUACGGUAUGGAAAAUAUGUUUGAACGUGAUGUACUAGUUUGGGACCAUAAAAUAUACCUCAAAAAUCCGAUUCUAGUGAAAGAAGAGCGACGCAUCGCUACAUUCCGACGAUGGUAUUCGCAAUUCUAUUCGACUAACAGUCCAACACAUAAGUCUCUAACUUCUCUUGAUUGGUAAGGAUUUGUAGUUAGUUUUCUGUUACUUGUUAUUUACUAUUAUUUGUAAUAAAAUAAAUCAAUAAGCUUUUUUUUGUA